GCCACGAAACCGAGGUGUCUGAAUAUCCACUGCCGAAUUUGCCUUGAAACAAAAUUAGAUUCAUUUUCCAGAUGGGUAUCACAGGUCUUAUUCCAUUUUUGGAGAAAUCGUCAAAACAAACUAAUAUUUCUGAGUUUUCCGGUAAAACUGUGGCUGUAGACACGUAUUGCUGGUUGCACAAAGGAGCUUUUUCUUGUGCUGAUAAAUUAGUUAUGGGCCUGGAAACAGAUGCAUAUGUAAAGUACUGCAUGAAAUUUGUGCAAAUGUUACUUAGCAAUAAGAUAAAACCUAUAUUAGUAUUUGACGGGAGGCAUCUUCCUGCUAAAGCUGAAACUGAAGUGAAAAGAAGAGAGGCUAGAGAUAAUAAUCGAAAGCGAGCAGCUGAGUUUAUAAAAAUGGGCAAAAUAAGUGAAGGAAAAAAUCUUCUGAGAAGAUCCUUGGAUGUCAGCCACAAGAUGGCCUUGGAAGUUAUUAAAGAGUGUCAAGCACACAAUGUUGAUUGCAUUGUUGCCCCUUAUGAAGCAGAUGCACAGCUUGCUUACCUCAAUUUGUGUGGAAUCGCUGACGUUGUAAUUACUGAAGACAGCGAUCUGACACUAUUUGGCUGUAAAAAGAUAUUCUUCAAAAUGGAUUUAGCAGGCUAUGGAGUCUUAGUGGAACAGGAUCGCUUGCAUUUAUCAAUGGGGUUGAGGCGAGAUGAAUUUAGUAUGGAUAAAUUUAUAUACAUGUGUAUACUCUCUGGCUGUGAUUAUUUAGCUUCGUUACCAGGCAUUGGAUUACAAAAGGCUUGCAAGUUUAUUGUAAAAACUACGGAUACGAAUAUUUACAAUGCGCUGACGCGAAUGGCUUCGACGUUAAAUAAAAAAACGCUGGUUGUAACAAAAGAUUAUCGUGACAAUUUUAUGCGUGCCUUAGUGACUUUCAAACAUCAACUGGUUUUCUGUCCGAUUCAGCGUAAACAAGUACGUCUGAAUCCUCCAACUCCUGAUGUAACUGCAGAACAACUUGUGCAUGCUGGUUCUGAAAUCGAUGCUCAUUUGGCCUGGCAAUUAGCUCUUGGCAAUUGUGAUCCAUUUACCUACGAAAAGCUCCAUGACUUUGAUCCCGAUAAACAUUUGCCAGUGAAGAAAAAUGCGUGGAGCGAAAUUCCUAUAGCUAAACAUGUUAGUAUGUGGUCGAAAGAUUACAAAGCAAAAACAGAUCAGAACAAAAAUCCAACGCUUAGUCCAAAGAAAGUGAAGCCACUAUUAGCCAUAAGAACCAUUAGUGCUAGAGGUCAAAUUGCAACCAUGAAGACUGACUCUUUGAAAAGAGAAAUAACACCGAAAAAGCGCACACGUGAAGAAUCCGAGGCAGCGGUGGACGAGAUCGUGCAGCUCUAUAAGCGUCAAGACGUGGAGCCGGUGGAAACAAAGGAGAGUACCCCGCCAAAGUCGCCGAUCCUCACGAGGCGAUCGAAUCCGUUCAAGAAGUUGGAUGACUCGACCGAGAAGUCGCCAAAUAUUUUGUACCGGGCGAGAAAGCGAUUUUCAAUAAAGAGCCGGUUCAAGCCAACUGUCAUCGAUUACUCGGACAUUAAGCAGAGCAGGUUCUUUGCUGGGGACGAUGAGCCAAAGGUCGCGGAGACUCCAGCCAGUGAGGAGGAGGAGAAAGUUGGGCGGGACGAUGUCGCCGAGUCCAUGGAAGUGAAUUUCGAUUCUGAGGAUUAUAGGGAGAACAUUGAUAGUAUUGUUAAUGGGAGUGAGAACAAAAUUCUUGUAACCAAGGAAGUCGCUGAGACUCCGUCUAAGGAGGAGGAGGAGAAAAGUGAUCAAGUCGAUGUCACUGAGUCCAUGGAAGUUAAUUUCGACUCCGAGGAUUAUAGGGAGAACAUUGAUAGUAUUGUUAAUGGGAGUGAGAACAAAAUUCUUGUAACCAAGGAAGUCGCUGAGACUCCGUCUAAGGAGGAGGAGGAGAAAAGUGAUCAAGUCGAUGUCACUGAGUCCAUGGAAGUUAAUUUCGACUCCGAGGAUUAUAGGGAGAACAUUGAUAGUAUUGUCAAUGAGAAGAAAAUUCUUGUUAACCCGGAAAUUAAGGAGAAUGUUGAGUGUACUGUCCGUGAGAAUGAGAAGAAAAUUGUUAUCAUCCCCGAAACCGAGCUCUUUGAUGACGAUGAAACAUUUUAUGUUCCUAAUAAAGAAGAAGAUGGUGAUAAUAAAGACAGUGGAUACAAAGAGUUUAGUUACGAUAGUAGUAAUCAAAAUAAAGCUGUUGAACCAUUUCGUUUGAUUGAUGGUAAUAUGGUUAAGCAAAAUACAAUAGAAUCUCACGACAAGCUAAAUAGCAAAGAAAGCAAAGUUUGUCAUCGAUCGGAUGUUAAGGAUGACGAGCAGUUUUCUAUAACUAGAGAGAUUUUUUCAGAGUACAAAUCGAGUUUAUUUACACAUGAAACUACGGAUAAAAGGCCGAAAAGGGACAGUUUAAGUCGAAGUAGCCCAGACACAUCAUUAUCAGUGCAAAGAUUUGCAAGUAAACGUGUUGUGAAAACAAAUACAAAAAAGAACACAAUAAUUCAAGGGCAACGAAGUUUGUUAAAUAUGUUUGGUUUUCAAAAAAAGAAUAGUUUCCAACAUUAACGGGGAAACAAAAAAAAAUAUUGAAAUUAUCUAAGUUUGAAUUUUGAAUCUUUAAUAUUGACAGUAUUAAGACUUCCCGCUACAGGGUAGGAAAACACUGCAUUUAUCUGUUUAUGUGAGCCAACUAAGUGUUAAUUUAUUAUUACUUGAAGAUCUGUUUAUUUUGA